AUGAACCUCAAAAUCACCUUCAUCUUGGCGGUUCUGCUAAGUACAACUUCGCUAUCUGCAGUAGCUAGGCAUGACUCAUUCGAAGCCUCAUCAUCUGAGAAAAAUAACGACAAUGGUGACAGAUCCUUUUAUCGAAGACCUGAGUUUGGCGACCAUGGUAGGAUUGAGGGGAUGUUUGAUCCAGGAUUUGAGAUUGUCGAGCAAAACUUUGAGAGUGGUGGUGGAGACACCGAGUUAGGGUGGCCAGGGACUGAAAACUGGCGGAAAGAUAGGAUUAUGGCAGAUACCGACGGAUCUUGGUUCCGAGAUCCGAGCGGAGGUGAAUAUGGAUCUUGGGCCGGAGGUUUUAACGGAGGGUACGAUCUUAAUAGUGAAUCUUGGGCCAGAGGUUUUAGCGGAGGGUACGAUUUUAAUGGUGGUUCUGUCGUUUGUAAUCAGAAAGGGCCUUGUUACAAGAAGAAGCUUACCUGCCCUGCUAAGUGCUACACCUCUGUUACCAAAUCAGGGAAAGGUUUCCACGCCAGUGCAAGUGGCGGUGGUUGCACCAUGGAUUGUGAGAAGACAUGCAAAGCAUUCUGUUAG